CGCCUCGGCGCGGAGUCCUCCGCUUCUCUAGAGGCCACUGCUGGGUUGGGCGCCAGAGACCGUCGAGAUCAGCGGCUCCACCCCGGCCGGAGAGCUGCUGACUGACCCCACCCAUCAGCGGCUGCUGAGCGACUGAAGCGAGGCGAGCUCAAGACCCCGGCGGCUGUAGCGGCAAGGCCGGAUCGUUCCGGGGGGGAAGAGUAAAGGCGCUGGGCCUGGCUGCGCUGAACGAUCGGGGCCGGGAGUCGAAGGCAGGAUGCUGGCGCUCUUCACGAAGCUGCUGGACUGGUUCCGGGCGCUCUUCUGGAAGGAGGAGAUGGAGCUGACUCUGGUGGGGCUGCAGUACUCGGGCAAGACCACCUUCGUCAACGUGAUCGCGUCUGGACAGUUCAAUGAAGAUAUGAUCCCAACAGUGGGCUUCAACAUGAGAAAAAUCACCAAGGGAAAUGUAACUAUAAAGCUCUGGGACAUUGGAGGUCAACCUCGUUUUCGUAGCAUGUGGGAGAGGUAUUGCCGUGGUGUCAGUGCAAUAGUAUACAUGGUAGAUGCUGCAGAUCAGGAGAAGAUUGAAGCUUCAAAGAAUGAACUGCACAACCUGCUUGAUAAACCACAACUCCAAGGCAUUCCUGUCUUAGUUCUUGGGAACAAGCGAGAUCUGGCUGGUGCCUUGGAUGAGAAAGAGCUCAUUGAAAAAAUGAACUUGUCUGCCAUCCAGGACCGAGAGAUCUGUUGCUAUUCAAUCUCUUGCAAAGAAAAAGACAACAUUGAUAUCACCCUACAGUGGCUUAUUCAGCAUUCAAAGUCCCGGCGAAGCUGAGAGCUCUUUGUCCAAGUUUUGGAUCGGGAAGAUGCGAUUGUAAAAGCCAGGCGCACCUCCUCCCCCUUUCUCUUUCCCCAUCUCCUGCUCUUUCCAUCCCUCUUGCCCACCUCUUUUUCCCUAGAUGGGUAUUUUUAGGGGACACCAGAACCCUCUUCAGCUGAGAUUGAACUCCUGUUUUUAUUAUAAAGAAACUGUCUGCCCCCUCCUCUCUUUUGCUCCUUACUCUGAUUUUGGCACUGUUCUGUUGUUGUCAGUGUGUGUACAGUAUAUAUAUAUAUAUAUAAAUAUAUGUAUAUAUAUUUUAAUUUUUUUAAUUUAAGCAAUUACACUGUUACUAAAUGGGGCCUGUCAGCUGUCAAGGGGGCAGCAGCUAAUGGAUGGGGUGGGAAAGUAACAAAUGCAGUAUUGGGGACGUCACAAGCAGCCACAGAACAAGUGGGAUCUUGCUGGGUACAGAGCAUAACUUUGGGUGAUACUCUCCCUGCAAGAUAACUCUCUCCUUCCAUCUUUAGCACCUCUUUUCUCCUUCUGUAUAUGGUAUGAUUAUUUGGGGUGGGGGGGGCAUCUCCAGGAGAGCGUCCUAGAGCAGUAUUUGCAUUUAAUUGUCUGUGCAAGACUUUAGGGAAGAGCCAAUGCAGGGUUGUUUUUUUCUUUGCCAUUAAAUCCUUAGAAACAAUGGCCAGCAGGCAGGAGUGAAGCCCUUUGAUCUGAGCUUUAAAUCUCAUUCACCUUGCACUUGAAGAUACAGAACAUCAUCUCUUGCUGCUGCUGUGUUUCAGAACCAUACUUGAUAUAUGCUGGAUGCGUUCCCUCUCUUUGAAAACCCGAAAGGCAGCUUUCUUUACAAAGAUCAAGAUAUUUCCCUGAACGGAAGCAGGCAGUGCAUGAUGUACAUCCUGUGACUUAUGCAGAUGACUUAGAAUUCUGGUGUGCUGCCAAAGCGACUAGUUUUGGAUCGCCAGCAUUCACUGAGUCCAUGUUUUAGGAUGUCUCGUCCCUCAGACAUUUGUGGAUUGUUGAGGAACAGAAUGACUUCUGCAAAGGUCCCAUUCAAAAGCCUUUUGAGCAAGACAGAGCUCAUAGAAUGGUUCACUCAAAGCACAGACCUGAUUUGAAUUCUAGAGCAAGGAGGGUAUGCAGAAGAGGCUGUCUUUGCCCAGAGCUCAGGAUGAAGCUGUAAGAAGCCAGGAUUCUUUUCUAGGUGUCCUUUAAGCUUAAAUCUCCCCUCCGCCCCACUUUUCCUUCCACCAAUGCACGGCGAGCUAUGGAAACUGCUUCUCAAACUCAAGGAUGAUGUUUAGGAUAAUAGAGUAGAAGAGGGAAUUUCAUUCUGUGGGUUUGUAUAAGAAACCCCUUGGAUUAUACCGUGCUUGAGUUUCUGGCAAAGGCCAUGAUAUUCCUCACUAAGGGAGGUCAAUUUAGGCUACUGCUUCUAUGUCUCCUUUUGAAUCACCCUAGGACUUAAAGCAGCUGCAGAGAAGCUCAGGAAGUGAAGCGAUGGAAAAUAUUUAAAGAUGCGAUAAGCUAAUACUGUUUCUUGUAAAGGUAGUUGAUGCUACUGGGUGGCUAUAUCUCUUUCUGUCCCAUGUAAGCUAUGGACAGGUGUACAGUCGCAGGGCCCAUCCUGCCAUGAGCUGCUUCCCUCAAGAGGGGGAGGGUGCUUUCUAAUUUCAUGUUUUCUUUUCUCCUCAUUUUCACAAAGCUGCACAAGGAAGCAUUUUACGUUUUUUAAUUUAAUCAAUUGUAUAGUGUCAUUUAUUCCUUUUUUAAAAAAUACAUUUUUGGCUCAUACGUUGACCUCUGGAAAACAAAUCUUGUAACAGUACUUUUUUUGGCUCAAAAUAACAAUAAAUUAACAAUUUUAUGUUGGUGGUGGUUGCACUGUUACCUUUUUUCUUCAGGUGGUUUGUUCAUACUUUCUUUUCCAUGCUGUAUCCGAAGAUUUGAUUCUUCUGGGGUUUUUCCCCCCUAUUGUGGAAGAGCAAAAAACACUCCAUUGCCUUGAAAACAGAGACCAAAAUAAUAAAUAAAGGAGUUUGUUCUUGAAAUGUUACAAAUGUCAUUCUAGAAAGGUUAGGAAGGAACCAAGCUAAACCUCUCCCAGUAUUAUUCUUCUGGUAAAGAUGUGAGGCUCUUUGUGGGGUAGUUUCAGUGAGAUUUCUGCAACAGCAUAUUCUUCAGGUCAAUCACACUACAAUUCCCAUUAUUCUCAGCUAACAUUCUCACUGACCAUUGAAAUAGUAGGCUAAUAAAGGGAAUAAAUCUGGUGUUAAGAAACAGAUGUUUAGCAGAGACAUCAAGAGAAUAUUUGAGCCAAUUAAUAAAUGGCUUCUUGCUUGAUGAUGAGACAUUGCUAUUUGUGUUCCUUCAGACAACACAGUAGUGUAGCUCCAUUUCUAGAAUGUAACAUAACUUUUUUCUUAUACCAAACUGACUGGAACACUCUUAAUAAAACUCAAUAUUUUGACUUUAAUUUAAAGGGUAUUCUUUCCAAUUUCUGAUCCAUGGUAACUUCAGCAUUAUUUUAGAAUCUGGUUCAGGAUUAAUUCAAGAAGCUAUAUUGUAUAACUGAUUGGAUGUCUCUGGAAUAAAAACAGGAAUGGUCUGAGCAAGUGCUAAAACAAUCAGCACAACUAAGUCUGGCCAAGUCAGUGAUAAUUUUUUUGUAAAACAAAAAUCUGGAGGGCUCCAGAUUAUCCCUAUCUGUUCUCCCCCUCCCCCUUAAUGCUUUCCAGUUGUUUGGGAUUUCUGUAGAUCCUCUGUCAAUGUGAUUGGCAUGUUUCCUCUCGGCCCCUAAGUAAAUUUUGAUUUGAAUUGAGCAUGACUAGCUGCUUUGAAUUUGGAUUAAUUCCCCAGUCUAGCAUGCUAAUAGCCACUGAAAAUCCCAGAGUAUGAUCUGUUUCCAAUUUUAAGUUAAACGUCUAAGAAAUCUCCAUAUUGGUUUGUGUUGUUGAGGAAACUCCUACAACUUGCCAUGGAAACCCUGCUUUCUGUGGUGGAUAAUGGAAUAUAUAUGAUUAUAAAUUCAUUCUACAUAGUCAGAAUUCACUUUCGCCCAACCAUGCAUUGCAAAAUAAAAUUGAUCUAUCAAUUGAUAGGAUUGCCAAUAGAAACAAUUUCCCUUUCCGUGAUGAUACCUUGAUUAUGGAACCUUCUUCUAUGCUUGGUCUUAUUACAAUCUUCACCUAGCGACUGCUCAUGUUUUCCAUACAGGUCCAUAGUUAAAACUGCUCCGCUGCUGUAUUCUUACCCUUACGCACUGUACAAAAUGACGGUACCUCAGAUAUUUCCCCAGAUCUUGUGAACUACAGGAAUAUGACUGCUUUUUUAAAAACUUUACAUCAGCAACUAUGCAAAUCAUUAAACAAUUUCUGCCAUCUCACCCUUGUAUACUAGGAACAUUCGAGUUUCUUUUUAUUCCAACAGUAACACAUCUGAGCAAUUGUCUUGGAAAUAGCUGUCCUGUGUACUUUGCCUGCUUUGGGGGUGGGGAGGGGACAGGGGCAGUUGAAUUGAAUGAAAUUCACCCUUCCUGAUUUCAACUUCUUUGAAAAUCUCAACCCUUUCCUUUCUUGCCCUCCCCCAGUUCUGCAAUAUUCCAGGAAGGCUUGAUUGGUCCCCUUUUUUUUCCACCCUCCAUUCCCCACCCCCAGUGUUCUGACCAACCAGGAGCUGUGACAACAAGCCUAGCAUUGUUCUUGCUUGGCCCUUGCUCAGAGGAAGCCAGCAGGGAAAGCAUAAUAUGAAUAGCUGCUCCCAUCCAUUCCCCUCUUAUACUGCUAGAUAUUCAGGUCACACUAGUGCUUUGGCUGCACACCCUUCAACCAUCCUGGUAGGGCUUGGAUCAAGAGUCAUGAAUCAAGACAGCAGCCUCAUCUCACCCUGUAUCUGUGUCAUAAUUGUUCAGUCUGGCUUCAAUCACUUGAGAUUAUCGGCUUCUAUGUUGGUAACAAUUAUAUGUUAGCUUACAUGUAUGUAGUCUCCUGAGUUUUUUUUCUUUCUUAAAACUGGAGGGGCUCAUUACCACCAUCCCUAAUAGUUUUGUUGUUGCUAGAGAUGGGAAUUACAGUCCAGCAUCAUCUCUACCACUGAAUUUCAAAGUGAUGCAAAUAAAAAUGAUUGGGUCAUUUUUUUUCUGAUAUACUUUUAUGUGAAGGCUUCGUGGAGAUGAGAAAGGAUGUGUCUAUGGUUGUAUUGAUGUUAUGGCCAAAAUUUGGAGAAGUGCAGAUUUAUCAAACCAUUGCUGUUUCACUGUCUUCUGUGAUUUAUGUACAGCUGCUGGUGCUGCUUCAUCAACUCUAGCCCCAUAGACUUUGUUGAAGUGGGUGGAGUCUAAGUGAUGUACAUAAAUAAAUUAAAUAAACAGCACAUUUAUGUGAA